ACGCGAGAGGAAUGUGAUGUAGGACUCUAGACCCCUUCGCAGUGACAUGGGAAACUCCUGUUUUGUAAAUGCACUGGUUUGAAGAAGCGUCGGGCCUUUUGAGGCAGAAUGGGGGAGGGGUGAGGAAGGCAGUCACGUUGGAGAGGAGAGAGAGAGAGAGACGAGGGAGGAGAGAGGCACGGCCUGGGCAUCGUUUGCAGUGCUCGAGGAAAGGCACGCGGACGAGGGGAUUGGUCGAGGGAGAGCGUAGCGUCAGCACACCGGGGGGGGGGAGGAGGAUGCUCCGCUGAACUGGGUGGGAGUGCAUUCGCAGGGAGUUUGCAUUAGAGAGCUCAGCCAUUAUCAGCUGCACACGGAGAACAGGGGCUCCUCUGCCGAAAUCCUCCUUCUUCCACAACCGGUCCGCUUGUCGACCCUUCUCUCCCGCCCUCAACUCCCCUCCCCCUCCCUUUCCCCCCCCGACCCCUCUCAGUCUGCAGCCAUGAAUUAUCUGCGUCGGCGUCUCUCGGACAGCACGUUCAUCUCCAACCUGCCCAAUGGCUACAUGACCGACCUCCAGAGGCCCGACGGCGCACAGCCGGCUCCACCUGCGUCCCCCACCCCGGCCCGGUCUCCCACCACCGGGCCCACUCCCCUGGCCACCUCCCCCGCUCCCGAGAGGAAACCCCCUCAGUCGCAGUCCACCGGGGCGGGCUUCUUCAGCUCCAUCACCAACGUCGUCAAGCAGACAGCUGCCUCGGCGGGGCUGGUGGAGCAGACCCAAGCCACGACAUCCAGGAGGUUCAAGGUCCUGCUGGUGAUUGACGAAGCGCAGCAGGAGUGGGCGAAGUUGUUCCGGGGAAAGAAAAUGCACGGGGAUUACGAUAUCAAAGUGGAGCAGGCUGAAUUCAAUGAGAUCAACGUUGUGGCUCAUGCCAACGGGACCUGCAUCGUCAACAUGCAAGUUCUCAGAAAUGGCACCAAGGUUAUCAGGUCAUUCAAGCCAGACUUUGUCCUCAUCCGUCAACAUGCCUUCAGUAUGACCCAGAAUGAAGAUUUCCGCAACCUGAUCAUCGGCCUGCAGUACGGAGCCGUCCCGUGCAUCAACUCGCUGGAGUCCAUCUACAACCUGUGUGACAAGCCGUGGGCGUUCGCCCAACUAAUCAACACGCACAGGAAACUGGGUGCAGAGAAGUUCCCUCUGAUUGAGCAGACCUUCUACCCAAACUACAAGGAGAUGGUGACCAUGCCGUCAUUCCCUGUUGUUGUGAAGAUCGGACAUGCCCACUCCGGCAUCGGAAAGGUAAAGGUGGAAAAUCACAGUAAGUUCCAGGACAUAGCCAGCGUCGUGGCUCUCACCCAGACUUACACCACCACAGAACCUCUCAUCGACUCCAAGUACGACAUCAGGAUCCAGAAGAUCGGCACCGACUACAAAGCCUACAUGAGAACCUCUAUAUCUGGCAACUGGAAGACCAACACCGGCUCGGCUAUGCUGGAGCAGGUGGCCAUGACUGAUAGGUACAAGCUGUGGGUCGACACCUGCUCAGAGCUAUUCGGGGGUCUGGAGAUUUGCGCAGUUAAAGCCAUCCAUGGGAAAGAUGGCAAAGAUUUCAUCACAGAGGUGGUGGGCUCCGCCAUGCCCCUAGUGGGGGAGCACCAGGCCGAGGACAGGCAGCUCAUCGCCGAUAUGGUGCUGGCAGAAAUGAACCGGACGGCGGAGAAGGGAGCGAAUGCCCCCCAGAGGCCCACCACCAUACAGCCGGGAGCCGGCCAGAAGGGAGAGCUCGUCGGCGAACCCGUUAAAAACGGCGCCGGGCAUCCGCCUCAGGGCUGCCUGCAGUACAUCCUCGACUGUAACGGCGUCGCAGUGGGUCCAAAACCGGUCCAGGCCAACUGAGUCCAGUCCGGGAGAAAGCGAGGAAGCCUCCCGAUAACGGCGACGUACCUCAGCCGAACACAAGCGGGGACGUUUGUCUGUGUGUGUGCGUGUUAGUGGACGCCGACGUAUCUAGGGUCAGAUCUGGGUGACGUGAGCGCGGUGCAGCUGGGCGCCGGACUGUGUUUUUAAACUCUAUGCAGUGUCAAAUUGUACCGUCUACUCGUUGACCUGUUUGUGUGCUCGUAUGAGUCGCUGUGUUUCGGUAGCUGUGUUUUUUUUAUUUUAUUUCGAUGGUGUAAAAAGCAGAUGGUGCCUACACUUCAGUGCUGCUCUAUGCUACCUGUUGGACCCCAGCUAUAUAAAUCUUUUAUUUGCCUCAGCUCCAUUUCUGUUUUCUAUUUUGGUGUGAACCUAGAUAUUGUUCAAACGUGUGUGUACAUAUCAGUGUGUAUACAGUAUGUGAGCGUGUGGUGAUUAUUUUCAUAUACUAAUAGAUAUUUAUUUUUGUUUUGCAUGAUCGAUACAAAGGAAGGUGCAAGUUAGUUAUUGAUCAAGUGGGAUGUAACAUCUGUUGCAUGUUUUUCCCUAGCUGUGUUCCCUGUGAUUCAUGCAUUGUGAAUGUGUCAUUAGAAAUGCAUAUUAUAUGAGUUCAACAGGAUAAGUGUAUUCAUUACCAAACAGUGUGCGCACACAUACAAUACACAAUACAGUCAUACAGUAUGUGGCCUUUCUAAAGAGUAAAUUUUACAACUUUAUUGUCAGAAUGUCACCAGAAAAUACAAAACGUAGAGUGAGGAUACUAAUAAACGGGCAUGUGAGAAAUAGAUCAAAUUAGAUUUAUUCAAGAUUUUAUUACGUAGGAUGUUGUGCAGGUGUCUGCACACGCUACAGAAAUAUAUUUAUAUCAUUUUUAACCAAAGAAUAAAUGACUUACUUUCAAUCAGUCUUUGCACUACAGUAACCCACAAUGUAAAUAUCCGUGAGGGGACUGUUAUUACUGCAGUCUGUCACAUGGAGUGUGCAAUCUCACCAGAGCAUUCCUGGGCGAUUCUGCUGUAGAUCACAUUGCAGUGAGCUGAUGCUGUAUUCAACAUGUCUUUGGCUGUGUUUUUUGUGUUUGGUUGUGUGUGGAGGCAAACAUUACGGCUGAUAAUGAAAAGGUAAUGUCUGCCUUCCCCCUGCCCCCCCCCCCUCCCCUCCAGCCCUCACACACUGGAUAUUGGAUAGUGGUGGUGGUGUUGCCAUGACAACAGUGCAAUUCUUCGAGAGGCUUACUGCGGGCAUGGGCCCAUUCAAAGAUGCAACACUUAUACCAUGAAACGUGCAAUAUACAUCAAUAACCUGUUUAUUUUAAAUUCAGAUCUUCCGUCGAAUUCAUUCAAAAAGCUAUAUACAUAUAGUCGAAAAUGUCACACAGGUAAUUUCAUACAUACCCUAAUACCCUAAAUGGUGAAACAGCUAAAAAGCAACCAAAUCAACUGUAAAAAGAAAUGUGUACUGU